CAUAAAGUGAAAUCCAUGAGGAUUCUCGGGCUUCUCCUGGAGAAAGGCUCGCAUAUGCUGCAGUGUCUCUGUGGAAGGCGCCUGAGAUCAAGCAACAGCCCAGAACCCCAGCUGAAGGGAAUUGUGACAAGGUUAUUCAGCCAGCAGGAAUACUUCCUGCAGAUGCACCCAGAUGGUACAAUUGAUGGGACCAAGGACGAAAACAGCGACUACACCCUUUUCAACCUAAUUCCUGUGGGUCUUCGUGUGGUGGCAAUCCAAGGGGUGAAGGCAGGCCUGUACGUUGCCAUGAACGCUGAGGGCUAUCUCUACAGCUCAGAUGUUUUCACACCAGAGUGCAAAUUUAAGGAAUCUGUCUUUGAAAACUACUAUGUUAUUUAUUCUUCCACGCUGUAUCGGCAGCAAGAAUCUGGACGAGCGUGGUUCCUGGGACUCAAUAAAGAAGGUCAAAUUAUGAAGGGAAACCGGGUGAAAAAAACCAAACCCUCAUCACAUUUUGUACCCAAACCCAUUGAAGUGUGCAUGUACAGAGAGCCAUCGCUGCAUGAAAUUGGAGAAAAACAAGGACGCUCUAGAAAAAGUUCAGGGACACCAACCAUGAACGGAGGCAAAGUCGUUAACCAAGACUCGACAUAGCUGACAAACACCCUCCCUCCCUCCAGCUCCUCCCCUCCCACCCACCUUCCCACCCCACCCGGCGAACCCACACUGAGAGGACGACAGCUGAGCAAGGCAGGACCUACAGUAGUGGCUAGGAGCCCGAACUCCAGGAGCUUCCUUUAUGUAGGACGAGGAAACCGAACCCCAGAUCUUGCCUGUUGCAACGUUUUAAAAAACAAAAUAAAAAACACACACACACGCCA